GGGAGGAGGGUGGAAGGCGAGAGAAAGCGCGCUGCGUGCGGCCCCGCUGCCCAGAGCCUGCCAGCAGCGCGCCCUCGGCGGCUCCGGUCCCAACCGCGCCCGCCGCCUCGCCUCCUCCGCCUCGGCCGCCUCCCGACUCCGGGGCUCGCCCGGCCUCUCCGAGGUCCCCGCCCGCCCGCCCGCCCCGGCUCCUCGCAGCAGCGCCGCCCCGGCUCCAGCCCCGCAGCUCGCCCGCCCGCCCGGCUCGCCCCGGGGAAGGUAGCAAGCGGGCGAGCGCGCCCUCGCCCCAGCCCCGCGCGGCGACCAAGGACCGGGAAGAUGAACGGCGGAGGCAAAGCCGAGAAGGAGAACACCCCGAGCGAGGCCAACCUUCAGGAGGAGGAGGUCCGGACACUAUUUGUCAGUGGUCUGCCUCUGGACAUCAAACCCCGGGAGCUUUACCUGCUCUUCAGACCAUUCAAGGGCUAUGAGGGGUCUCUUAUAAAGCUCACAUCUAAACAGCCCGUAGGUUUUGUCAGUUUCGACAGUCGCUCCGAAGCAGAAGCUGCCAAGAACGCGUUGAACGGCAUCCGCUUCGAUCCGGAAAUCCCGCAGACACUACGACUAGAAUUUGCCAAGGCGAACACGAAGAUGGCCAAGAACAAACUCGUAGGGACUCCCAACCCCAGUGCUCCUUUGCCCAACACCGUACCUCAGUUCAUUGCCAGAGAGCCGUAUGAGCUCACAGUGCCUGCACUUUACCCCAGUAGCCCUGAAGUGUGGGCCCCGUACCCUCUGUACCCAGCGGAGUUAGCGCCUGCUCUUCCUCCUCCUGCUGCUGCUUUCACCUAUCCCGCCUCACUGCAUGCCCAGUGUUUCCCUCCAGAGGCAAAGCCCAACACACCUGUCUUUUGUCCACUUCUGCAGCAAAUUAGAUUUGUCUCUGGGAAUGUGUUUGUCACAUACCAGCCUACUGCAGAGCAGCAGAGAGAGCUCCCGUGUUGAAUUUGUUAGCGGACCCCCCCUCCCCCAGUUUUGCAAAAAAACUUAUUUCUUGAUGAUAUUUCAGAGAUUUCAAUAAAAAUUUUAAUCAGCAAAAAAAAAAAAAAAAAAAAAAAAAAAAU